GGUUUUACGGACUCGAAGAACGUACCAAAAAUUCUCGUUUCUUUGUUCGAAAAUCGAAAGUUUUUGCCGAUUUCCUUAAAAACCGGGCGAAAAACCGCCUUUCCGUCGACAACGAACCGUCUUCCCGGCCAUUUCCAAUUUCACAGCCGGCUCAAUCGCACCGCAAAAGGCGAUUUAUCGACGGAAUUUAUCUCUUGCGAUCAGCUGUGCACACAUUUAACAACACAUUCUCACCGUGGUGGAUUCGAACGAUCCGAAUUAUCAUAGAAGAUUCGUCGCGAAAGGGAAAAACUGAAUUUCCAGGAUGUUCAGCUGCCCGUGCCUUAACAUUCUCAUCGAAACGGCCUCCAGUUCGUCGGAGUUCCCCAGGGCUACGCCGGACCUGCUGAAUUUGAGCGAGACCGAGAGGAAAGACGUUUUUUUCCGACAAGACCUCCUGCAAAUAUCCAAAUUGAAAAACAUAGUCAAAACUCAACCGAAUUUAGUCCACACGAGGCACACCGGCAACUGGAUGGUCCAUUGUUGUAUAAAUUGUAUCAAAGAAAUUUACGCUUUACACAAAGAAAAAGGAGCUUCGUGCGUGGUCGUUUCUACCAAAUUACUAGAUGCCAAAUCGAUAGAGAGAAUUAGGGCUGAAUCCAUUCAAUUAUCCAAGAUUUUUAAUAUUAUCGUGAAUCCUUGCGACAUCAGGGAGGAUACGACGCUCCUAAAAUUGUAUAAGAAAUAUGAUGCCGAAGCGAUUGUGAAGAAUAUCAGAGAGACUGUAUCUGAAUUUAUGAGAAAAGAAAUGCUGGCCGUAGAAGAUAGGAUCAAAAAAUACACCGAAGAACAAUUCGAAUCGAUGAAUAGCCUGAGAGACACGGCCUACGAGGAGCACGAUCAUUUAGUCACAUUAGUUCAAAGUUUAUCGAACGAAACCCAACUGAAAAGUACAAAAAACCCGAUGAGUUCCGAAGGAAGCCAACAGGACACUUCGCAGUGCAGCGAAUUCAUGGAUUCGGGACUCCUGCUGGCAGCAGGACAUCCCAAACAGACGAAACGGUCCCCCAAACGGCAGAGAAGCACCCCGGUGGGGCACAGUUCCUCCUUCGAUGCCGAAGGCCUCUUCGACUUCGAAGGCAGCGACGGCGUGACUUCGCAUUCGGAAAGCGACGUUGGAGAGAGCGACAAAGACGAUAAAGAUGACAGAAUCCACGCUUCGAGGCCUCGGUCCCAGAAAAUGAGCGUGGCGAAAUCGUUGCCAAUGAACAUUCCGACGUUUCUCUCCAGAAAUAGGAAUACAUCAUCAGAGGAUUUGGACGAUAUCACGCAAAGUGAGAACUUAGACAUAGCGGCGAGUAUAAAGGCGUUGGCGAAGAGCGUGCACGGGGACGCCGUGUUCGGGGAAUUACCGCCUCCGAGGUUCAGCACCCAGCUCUAGUCUUCCGUGCGCACGCGCAGAACGACGGGGAAAUUCAGCGAGGAGAACAACAAUAGAUCGUUAAGGAAAUGGAAAGCUUACCUGUAAUAUUUAUCGCAUUGCGUAGAAUGUAAGUUUAUUUUUUUUGCUUGUUCGUAUCGAGUAAUCGAAGAGGGGUAUUUGUGUUAUUAAUUUCUCCAUAAAUUGUAAAUCUCCUUUUCGAUGCUUGAUCGAAGAACGAGCCGCAUAAAGUUCGUACGUUUCAAAAUGACAAUGACGUCUCGAGCCAGCCCGUUGCAACGUUGCCGAAUUGUGAUUGAAAUCCUUUAUGUUACUGAUAUAUUUAAAAGUCGUAAAUACUUAGAAUUUAACAAGAAAAAGAAGAUCU